AUGGCUACCGCAAUUGUGGACUUUUUCCAGAAUGAUAUUGAUUUAGGAAAAUGGAAAUCCAUUGAAUUCUAUUAUAGUGAUCUGCAAUGCAAAUCAAUAGUUUCGAAAUUAUUAACACGUACUCAGCUCGAACAACUUUUCAACCUCGUGCUUGUGAACGAUGUAGAUCAAGAUUUCGUAAUAUGCGACAUAUGUCGAACAAUUGUUACCUAUAAAAGUUCAACUGGUACUGGUGGUUUAAAGAAACAUUUAGCAUCAUGUGACAAAAGUACAUUAUCAAAUACUACACAAUCAACUAUAACAACAUAUUAUACUACUAGCACACCAUCAAUUAUACCAGAAAAAAUAAAAAAAGAAGUAACUAAUGCUUAUCUUGAAUUUAUUGCAUUGGAUGGUCGUCCAUUUGAAAUUGUAUCCCGAAUAGCUAAUUCACAAUCAAUUGAAAUUUCGGAUUUGUUACCAUAUCCAACAACAGUUAGUCGUAAAGUUGAUCAAGUUUAUAGUUUUCGAAAAAAACAACUUACCGAAUGGUUUAAAACAAUUAAUAGCUAUGCAGUGGUUAUUGAUAUGUGGACCGAAAAAUACAGCGAUAAUUUGUUACACGAUUUUGGUCUUUCAUUAAAUACAAAUUCAUUUAUCGUCACCGACAACGAGCCAAAGAUGCUUGCAGCUUUACGUGGUGUUAAUAGAGUUGGAUGUAGCGACCAUUACAUUAAUAAAGCGUUAGAGCAUGCAUUUACAUCUCCGAAAAGUAUUCGUGUUGAAGUUAUCCAAGUUUUUGAUACUAAUGUAUUCAAUAUCACAUAUAAUGAGCUUGUUGAUGCUUUUAGUGGUUCACAUUAUAAUGAUUUCGAAUCUCUUGAUAAAGACUUAUUGUACCAACUUUAUGAAUUUCUUCGAUCAUUUGAUGAAGUUAUCACCACGCUAAGUGAGGAAACUCAACCUGCACUUCACAAGGUUAUUCCUCUUCAGUGUUUUUUGAUUAAUCACUGUACACCAAAAACAGAAGACAUAUCUGGUAUGAUGAAAAUAAAACUAUUUUUAAAAGAGAGAAUUAUGGACAAGUGGCCGAUCCAAUCAGAACACUUAUUAGCUACAUUACUUCAUCCUCGUCUUCGUGAUUUUUCUGGUGAUCAAGCACUGAAAGAUCGGGCAAUCGAAUUGCUUCAACCAAGUAUUUCAUCUUCUGCUGAUUCGCCCAGUAAUAAUAUAUCGUCUUGUAAUUCGUCGUCAUCACCAAGUGUUGAUAAUUCCAUAACACCUAAAAAAACUAACAUUCUCUCGUUAUGCUAUGACAAACCACGAACUACUAAACCAGCACUUGAUGAAAUCAUGUUGUGGUUGCAAAGUGAUUUUAGUAAAGAUUUUAUAAAUGAUGACUUACUUUUGUUUUGGAGAAGAAAAAAAGAUGAUUUUCCAAGUAUUUGCCAAUAUUGCUCGUAA